AUGCGGGCGUUUAUGUUUUUGUUCACCUUCUUCGCGUUUAUGCUAGUGUCUCCUAGCUUGGCCGUGAAUGUGGUUGGCUACGGUGCUAGAGGAGAUGGUAGAACGGACUCCACGGCGGCGUUCCACCGCGCUUGGGCGGCCGCAUGUCGUUCCGCUAGGCCGGCGGUGGUUUACGUGCCGCGGGGGUUGUUCUUGAUUCGGCCCGUUGCUUUUAACGGGCCUUGCCGGAGUAGAAUCACCUUCCGAAUCGACGGCACCCUCGUCGCUCCCCGCAACAUUUACGCCAUUGGCAAUUCCGAAUUCUGGAUUUUGUUUUAUAAGGUCAGUGGGCUCUCACUCCAGGGUGGAACCAUUGACGCUAGGGGCAAUGGUUUCUGGAAUUGUCGCACUAGAGGCCAAAACUGUCCACGUGGAUCAAGGUCAUUGACAAUAAUGCACUCGAACAACGUUGUUGUUAGCGGUUUAAGAUCAUUUAACAGUCAGACGAUUCACAUAGCAGUUGGACAUAGCAGGGACGUGAAGUUACAGAAUGUGAGAAUAAGAGCUCCAAGUGGAAGUCCCAACACAGAUGGUAUACACGUACAGAGCUCCAUGGGCGUUACAAUCACAGACAGUGUAAUAAAGACUGGAGAUGACUGCAUCUCAAUAGGCCCAGGCGCCAUGAAUUUGUGGAUACAAAGGAUUGGUUGCGGCCCGGGACACGGCAUCAGUAUCGGGAGUCUGGGCAACAGUCACAAUGAAGAAGGAGUGGAGAAUGUGACAGUGACAAACGUGGUCUUCAGCAGAACUCAAAAUGGGGUUAGGGUAAAGUCAUGGGGAAGGCCAAGCGGAGGGUACGCCAGAAAUCUCCAUUUUAGAAACAUAGUGAUGAGAUAUGUUGCAAACCCCAUCAUUAUAGACCAGCAAUACUGCCCCAAUGGCGGCUGUGCACGACAGAGUUCUGGGGUGAAAGUUAGUGAAGUGACAUACAAGAACAUAAAAGGGACGUCGUCGACGCAGGCGGCCAUGAAGUUUGAAUGCAGUGCGGCAAAUCCAUGCAGUGGAAUCAGACUGCAUAACAUAAGGCUGAGUUUCGUGGAUCGGUUGCGCAGGCCAACUUUGGCUUAUUGUAGAAAUGCAAAGGGAAGUCAUAGUGGCGUAGUCACUCCCAAAACUUGCUUUUCAUUUCACAAAACCAAAUUAAAUAUGUAA